AGUGAGAAAAAUAUAUGUGGGAGAGGGAGAAGGAGGAGGAGGAGAAGGAGGGGGGAGCAAAUUAAAAGUUGCCAAAUGGAGAUAUUGGGUUUCAAGAGGGGUGAGACAGUAGUAAGGGUUUGCCUCUUUUCGGUCGUCUUCGUGUUAUGCUAAUCGAAAUAAAUAUUUAUAGGUCAGCACUGUUUAGUCCGUUAGCCGUAACAACGAAUUCUACCCGUCGUUUCUCAAAUAGACUAUGGCAGCGUAGCCAGCUAGCCAACCUUGACAGGCCGGUGGUUACCAGUAAAAUGUUACGGAGUGUCUAUCCUGAACAUCUGCUUGUUUGAAAACUUGAUGCUCGCCGUAAAUUCCCCCAUUGAAAUCGUCUGUUCAGCAAAUCGAGAGAAAUGUGACGUUUUGCAUGCUGGCAGAUGAACUAAAAAGAAGAAAUGGAAGCCUCCCUCGUCUAACCCCAGCAGAGAAAUUGCGCGUCAGCGACGACGACUAGCUAGAGAGACUGGAGAGGACGAGGACAAGCUUUUGUGCUCGGAUGAGAUUAUCAUUGUCGAUUCAGUCUAUUUUUGGACAUAAAAGUCGCUAGCUGUAGCUACAUUAGGUGACUCCCAGGCGACGUUUCUAUACAGUUCAAUUGACCCGCUAAACGACCGUGUUGGGUUGUUUAACUGGGGGUAGCACAAUGCUAAGGGGUACAGUUUUGGUGGGUGUUAUUUCGAUAUCGAAAGUUAGGCUAGUUAGCUAGCUAAUUGGGUAAAACAUUUCGACAAAUUCGUAUGUACUACUAACUAAAUUACUGCAACCCCGUAUGGCUGGGUAGUUGCGUCUGCGCUUCCAUAAUUUAAUUUGGUAGAGCAAGCUAGGUUCUGGCUAUUGACGAACUGUUUCAGUAAUUUUGUCGCCAUAUCACUUAAAGGCUAGAGCUUCUGUAGCAAGGUUAGCUAUCUGUGUUCAAAUUCGUUUUCUUUAGCAGAAAUUAUUGAACAUAUUUGCAGACCGCGGCCUCUAAAUGUAUUCACAUUUAUAGCCUAUGUUUUAUUAAAUUUCAAACAAUUUAGCCCAAUCCACGUGUUACAUAUACCUCCUGCUAGGGCUGCACGUAUCGAACAAGUCUGCUAAUUUAUAAAAAUGUUGAGCUAGAACUACGACAUAGCUAGCACUAGCUCAACUAAAUGGAACCAGCAAAAAAAUGCGUAGUCUGUGUCGACCUUACUAGCUAGGUAGCUAUUUAUCUCUAGCUAGAUAUACUAACACUGUCCAUAGAGAUACCGAUUUCCUCUGGCUGAACAUGUGAAAUAAAACAACCACUGUAUUAACUGUUUGGUUCAUUAUUUGAAGUUAGAUGGUUAGCAUAGGUAUCGAUAUGGGAGCCGUGUUAGCAAGAGCCGUCUCUUAUUUUCAUUGUUCUUUCGUCACUUCUGGGUAAAUACAGCAGUAGGUAGUUACAUACAUAAACAAUCUGAAAGGAAAUGCAUUUUAAAUGAAAUCAUUUUAUUUCCAUGUUGACUUGCAACAUCCAUUUUGUUUUUGACCAUGUAGUGAGCUGGCACUACAUUUUUCUCGAGUAAAGAUGGUGUCUGGGAUAUAAAGGGUGUUCAAUGACUGAUUCCAUGCUCUCUGCCAGAAAGCUGUGUCAUGGAUGAUGAGGAAGAUCGUCGUCUUCUGGAUAUUAUUGGAGAUGUGCAGGCGUUAAAUGACUAUCUCCAUGGCUCCAACAACAAGUCUAUCGAGGAGGACGAUGUGAGUAAUGCAGCGUAUGGGCCUGCGGGGAGCUUCUUUGCUGGAAGCGCUGCUGGAGCCAACUCUGACCUCAAGCAUGGCCCCUCUUCCCUGGGGGAGUUUGCUGAAGAUUCAACGGGGACAGGCCUUCAGCUGUCCAGCAGCCUGUCGUUCAUCGAGGAUGAGCUGGGGGAGGCUGCAUCCCCUGGAGGGGUGGAGCUGGGUGGAGAGGACCAGCCCUUUGACAUACUCCAGAAGUCCCUUCUUGAGGCAGACAUUACUGAGCAGACACUGGCCCAGGAGGCCUUGCUGGACUCGCAGCCGCCCUCGGUCCAGGCCACAUCCCCCUUCCCCUCCCAGCUGGUCUCUGGGGGGUAUGGAGGGGGGACGGGGGUUGUUACCACAGCAACGGCAACCUUCUCUGGGGGUCAGUUCCUCCAGGGGAUAUCCCAGCUGCCUAAUGGCUCGGCCGGGCAUAUCCAGGUACUGGGUCCGUUUGGGGGUGGCGGUGGGGUGAUGACGUUGAGCAGCCUGGACAGGUCUCCUCAGAUCCUGCUGAGGCCCGGCGCCCCGGCCCCCACAACGCAGGUGUUCACCCCGCCCCCAGCUCAGCUGGGCCAGGUGGGCUUGCCAUUCAAGAACAUUCCUCUCCAGAACAUAAUCAUCCAGAGAGGUCCAGGAGGGACACAGACACUGGUCAGACCCAUCCAGCCUAAACCCCCCCAGUCUGGGUCUCAGACUUUGUACAGCUUGGGCAUCCAGCCUACCACCACCACUGCUAAUGUGGCUAACACAGCGAGCCCAGUAGGGGGACAAUACACAGCCAACGGCUCUAUCCUGGUGCACUCUCCUCUGGGCCAGGGACAGGCACAGGGGCAGUACUCUGUGGCUCUUACACCAGCCACCACGGUCCACAAUGGCCCCACAGACCCCAACAACACCCUUCUCACCAAUCAGAAUGCAGUGCAGCUUGUUGCCGGGCAGAACUUCACAGCCACGGCUGGAGGUCAACUCAUUGUUAACCAAGGCGGGGCAGCAGGUGUGCCGGUGGGGGGUUGGUCAACAUUCCCUGGUAGCAGUCCUAUCCCUGGCCAGGCAGCAUGUAACCAGCGUCUGACGCUGGUGGGCCCAGCUGCAGGAGGAGUGGGCAGGGGGCAGGUUUCUGAGAGCCCAGUGCAGCGCCUGGUGGUGACCCACAACAGCUCCUCCCUAUCCCCCGGCCUGGCUCCUCAGGAGCAGCAAGACUACACCCAGGAUUCUUCAUCACCUGGCCUUUCCCAGGAUGGUUCACAGGCACAGCUUGUCAACCUCCUUGGCACCAAAGCAAUGAAAACGACCACGUCCAUCUGUCAGGACUCCCUGCUGAUUGCACAGGGCUGCACCCAGAAGCGUCCAGCACCCCAUCAGCUGACCAGAGGAGGCAUGAUUCUGCAGCAGCUGAGAAAGGAUCAUUCUGGAGUGUUGUCAACAGACUACAGGCGUUUCACUUCGUUGGAAGAUACGUUUCACAGACUCAUGCCCUAUCACGUGUUCCAGGGCGCUGCACCAAAUCAUGAGUUCUAUCUUGUGGAUGAGGAGUUUGAGUCUGUGGCUACACAAGUACUGAAGAGAACCCAGGCCAUGGUUAACAAAUACAGACGUUUACUCAUGGUGGAGGCUGAGCGCUCUAGUCCUUCUUCAGAGAUGGUGAUGAUCGACAGGACCUUCAACCAGGAGGAACGUAGUAACCUGACCCAGGACAAGAGGAUGGUACUAGUUGACCCGGAUGGCUUCCUGGAGGAGUUCUGCUGUGGAGUGAAGCCGUCCCCUGCCCUGCCAGACCCCUACCUGCCUCCCCCCUCAACCAGCUGCAGACAGACAGGCACAGGCCCCCAGGGGCCAGGGAGGACAGACCCCCAGGCCGGGUAUGGGGACCCGGGGGGGGGUGGAGGAGGGAAGGAAAGGGGGGGUCUGUCUCAGCACAUAGACACAUCUGCCAAAAGCAUCCUGGACCUUAAAAGGACGCGGCAAACUUACGGCUCCAACAACAGCCUCGUAGCUGCCAGCAACCAUCAGCAUGCCAGCCUCUCUCCACCCACAGCCCUGGCAGCAGGACCCACUCACUACCAGGUGUCUCAGCUGUCCUCCCCAUCCCUCCAGCCCCACCUCCCCCCGGAGCUGUCCUCGCCCCCAGCCACAGACACAGACUCGGUCCUGGAGGCAGCGGUCAACAGCAUUCUGGAAUGUUAGACCUGCCACCUGCUGCUUCCGACUGCUCCCAACCUCCACCCACUCACCACAUACUCUCCUGGGUGGGACUCUUAUUUAGUCACUUUUUGUCUUUCAAUCCCUCCCUCCCUCCCUCACCCCCUCCCUCUGGGUGUGUUAGGGAAUGAGGUUGGCUUCGUGGUCCUAUCCACACCCCUGCACCCUGUGCUGCGCAGCGCCGUGCUCACUGACUGUGCAGAAGAACAGGGAUGAGGAGAAUUUGAAUGAUUCUGUGCCUGAGAAAUUCUGUGUUGUCUUUGACACGUUUACAAGAAGCAUUGUCUUCUGCAACUGACACAGGAGUCAGAUAUGAGUUGGGAAGGGAAGUUUGGAUUGUUCCUCAGAGGAAUAUGGAAAUGAUACAGUACAACACAUUCUGCACAGACGAUCUGGUUCAGCCAUGCCAUUUAGAUGACUCCCCAUUCACACAAGGAUUGGAUCAUUUGCAUAAAACAAGUGUGGAAUGACAUCACUAUCUCAUCUCUGCCUGUCAGCUGACUAGAACAGUCUAUGAUGACAUUGGUUUUUUCUCCCAUAAAUGAAUUAAGUUAACCCCACACACAUACACACAAUGUGUCUAAAAGCAUUUGUCUGCCAGUUUUCUGUCAUUUGAUCUAUUUUGGCAUUUUUCUUUUGUACCUUAAAGGUAUGUGAACCCCCUACACACCUGUACACACACGGCGUGCUUGUGUUUGGGGGUGUAAACCCUCAGAUUGAGGGAGAUAUGUUACAACAUGUUUUAUCUUUUUUUUGUGUUGAUGGAAUCGUUCUCCUUGUAAUUUUUAAACGUCACUUGUGAUAUAAGUGAUGACCUAGCUUUGUGACCACGGUAAGUUGAUGUGUGAAUGAUUCAUGUGAUUGACCCUGGCUGCUCAUGUCCAGCCUUUGCAUAUUGCUCUAUGCUAGUACGUGUUCUGAUGUCUGCGUCUCUUCACGUGUGUGAUGGUGCGUGUUUGGUCAUGUCAGUCCAUUACCUCCCAGUCAUCAACCUUCACUCAUGUUGUCCUUCCCUAUGAGGGCCCAGCGUGUCUACAAAGCUCUGUAGUCUCACUGGGGGAGGAGCUGAGGGUCUUGCCGAGGUAGUGAUGCCAGUUGGGGGAGGUCAUCCUCUAGGCCUUGUUAUGUGACCGGUACCUCCAGCUCUCUGCGUCUGAACCCCACUUGUUUCAGCCCCUCGUCUGCAGGUCCACCCUGAGAGACACCCCUGUGUACACUGUGGAAGAGGGGUUCAGCCUGCUCAGGCUGAGGGGGCCAGGCUGCAUAUGAUAGGACAUAUUAGAGAGCCUAGUGUUGACAUGUAGGCUAUGCCCUGCUCAUCACAGAAGCUGAUGUCAACCCUCUCUUGAACCCAGACAUUGAAUAGACCUGAGUUUGGUACAGGGCUGUGCAGCAAUGCUGCAGCAGCAUAGGUCUUACAUAGUGGGGUUGCUACCAUUAGUUGUGUAACUAUGUAUGGCCUGUGUCCAUAUAGUAACUAUGUAUGGCCUGUGUCCAUAUAUUUGACUAAAGACUGACAAUUUAAUGUGCAUAUGCUCAUUUCUCCAUGGAGAACUAUUAUUUUUUAUCUAUUUGCACCCAUUUUCACUGUCAAAUUCUUUUUGUAUGUCUCACUCUCAACUUUAUUUCCAUAGUUUGUUUUUUUUAAAUAAAAAAAAUCUAAAAGUCAAACAAAAUAUUUAUAGUUUUUGUAAGGAGAAAAAAAGAAUUUAAAACAGGAAGCAAAAGUUAUUUUUUAUUCUGUUGGCAAUUAAAAUUUCAAAACAAUAUUGUUACAAAUGACUGUCAGUUCUAGUUAAUGUGUGUUCACUUCAGAGUUAAGUCCAUAAUAAACUCUUUAUGAAUACAA